AAUAUUACCUAUCAGAUAACAUCAGCUGCAAGUACUUGCCUACCUUUAAAGCAAAAUCGCGGUCUUAUACCAUCAUUUCAUAUGUUGAUUGACUUAUCUUUUUUAUUAUAGUCUAGUUUAUUCUACUCGAUUGAAUUUUCUCUCCGAGCUAUUUAAAUCAAAGUAAUAAAAUUAUAAUUGUUUUCAUAGUUGUAAAAAAAUGUCAUUUCAAUUAUGUGUUCUUAUUACUUCUUAGAUGUCACAUUAAAUGUUUUUGAUGGAAGUGAGAAACCUAUAGUUGUUACUGAUGAAAAAUUUAAUUUUUACAUUAAGGAAGCUCUAAAAGAAGUUUUCGGCCAGUUUGGACUGGGCAUCAAUUUCAAUGUGUUGAAGUUCAAUUCUGGUAGAGGUAUUAUUCGUUGUCCUUCUGAAUAUUACGUGAAAUUUCGUGGUGCUCUUACUUUAUUUGGGCAAUUUAGUAAAUACACUAUACAUUUCAACAUACAUCGUUCAUCUGCUUGUUUAAUAUCUUUCAUCAGUGACGAUACUACCUAUCAACAUGUCUCAAGUAUAUAAAGAAGGCAAAGAUACAAUAAUUUUUGCUACUAAAGAAGACCAUCAAUCUCCUAGUAAAAUUGAACUAUCACCCCCAGAACCAUCACCAGGUUUGAUAUUUCCUGAUGGUUCUAUAAAUUGGAAUUGCCCCUGUUUAGGAGGGAUGGCAACAGGUCCUUGUGGAGUUGAGUUUCGAGAAUCAUUCACUUGUUUUCAUUAUAGCAAAGAAGAACCAAAAGGUUUAGAAUGUAGAGAAAAGUUUACUGCCAUGUGGGCUUGUAUGGAUAAAUAUCCAGAGGUGUAUAAUGAAGGAAUGAAAGAUAAUGAAGAAAUAUUAAGUACUGAAGAGAACAAAGAUGAUAAUUCAGUUAGCAAUGUACAGAUAGAAAAUAAAAAUCAAGACAAAAAAUUAUGAUUUUGUUAAUGAAUUGUUUGUUUUAGAAUAUUUUGUUUAAAUAGAUAUUUUAGUGAUAUAAA